CAUGCUUAUUGUUGGCUGUUAGUUGACUGUCCUGCAUGACGCUGGUAAGCAACCAGGAAAAGUGGGACCUGAAAGACUGACAAAGCGGUAGCACCAGCUGGCACGGCAGCAUUAACCUAGCUAGGGUCUGUUGGCAACAUGUUGUCUGACGGAGGCUCCUUCAUGAAGGGGAUGUUCAUGGGAGGCCUGUUCUGCUUGGUGCUGUCGUUCCUGAGUAGUUUCAGUCCCAGCACUGAGUCCAUGACAGAAGACCACCAUCAUCAUCACGUCAAAGCUGCUAGUAAAGAGGAGCUGAAGCAUCUCUCCGACAGUCACACUCAGGAGUUGAUCAAUCAAGUCCGGGUCUCUUGCAUCAUCAUGGUCCAGCCCAACAUCCUUGUUUACUGGGCUACAGCUGUCGACACCUGGGCGAAACACUGUGACAAGGCUGUGUUUUACACCUCAGAGUCCGCCAAGGCGCUCGAGGCAAUAGACCUCAAUGAAAAAGAUGAUUGGGCAAGGUUACGUAAAGCUCUGAAGCAUGCUUAUGAUAACGCCGGGGAUCUGCGUUGGUUCUUUGUGGCGCGGCCCACCACAUUUGCCAUCAUUGAGAAUCUCAAAUAUCUUGUACUCACAAAGGAUCCGAGUGAACCAUUCUACCUGGGCAAUGCUAUGAAGUCAGGGGAGCUUGAGUAUGUGGCAUUUGAAAGCGGCAUUGUCCUAAGCUACGAAGCCCUGAAAAGGCUGGUGAAGGUGUUUGAGGAUGAAGAAAAAUGUCCAGAAAGAGGACGUGCCCUAUGGAAGCUGAGUGAAGACAAGCAGCUUGCCGUGUGUCUCAAAUACACAGGUGUGUUUGCGGAGAACGGAGAAGAUGCACACGGAAAGGGCCUGUUUAACAGCAAGACUGUUAACAAUCUGAUAUCAGACAGCAUGAAGGCAAACCCCACCAAUGUAGUGGAGGGCUGCUGCUCCGACAUGGCUGUCACAUUCAACGGGAUGUCACCAAAUCAGAUGCAGGUUAUGAUGUUUGGAGUUUACAGACUUCGUCCUUACGGCCACGAUUUCCAUGACUUGUUAGCAUUUUACCCUCCUGAAGGUUCAGACAAUGAUUAGUUUCAUUCCUUCGAGCUGGGUGUGUCCUCUUACAUAGUUUUGCUUCUGUGAUGGCAAACGUAAAAUUGGGGAGGUGGUUUUCUUAUGCUGUUUGUAAAACUAGUUCCUGGAAGGGAAUACACUUUUAUGUAAAUUUGUACCUUUUGCACUUGACGCAAUCAGCACCACAUUCUUUUGCGGUGUACGUUACAGAGCCGAUGGGUGUGCCGUCCUUUGAAUGCAGGUGAAGCUGGGAAAUGUUAAUUCAUGACAUGAAUGGAUUAUUUGCAGGUUUUGGUGAUUUAUGUAUUAUUAUGUGUCUUAAAUGUCUUUUUGUGGUCUUAAACUUGCAUUAGAGUUGGGUGAUACGAGUUUCUGAAAUGAUUUAACUGUUCUACAUUCUCAGCUCUCAUGACCACAUGAAUAACUUGUAUUUUUUGCCGUGAAUAAAUCACCUCUCCGAUUUAUAGAUUGUACUAGGGCACCAAUAAUUUGUGUUGACCAAGACAUGUCAUGGCGCAGCUCUGAAAGAACUAUAUUUUUUGCCAUGUAGUGCUUGGGUAUCUCCUUGUCUGAAGAAUUGGCCUUCACAGCUAAAUGGACGAAAUAUACCUCAUAGUUAAAGGUAUUGUGAUUUUUUUAUGUCACAGUUUAAAAAAAAAAAAGCAGCUCUCAGUGGAAAUGUCAUUGUUCAACUGGCAUUUUAGAAACAUGGGAAUCAAAGUGAACAGAUGAAGUGACUUUUGGAUAAUGAAAGUAAAUAAAAUUAAUUACUGAAUGAA